AUGGAGGACGAGGAGCACGAGGUGUACGGCCAGGAGAUCCCCGUCGACGGCGAGGACGUCGACAUGGGUGCCGGGGGCGACGACGCCGCCAAGCUGCACGAGCUCGACGAGAUGAAGCGCCGCCUCAAGGAGAUGGAGGAGGAGGCCGCCGCCCUCCGCGAGAUGCAGGCCAAGGUCGCCAAGGAGAUGCAAGGUGGAGAUCCUAACGCGACCACAUCUGAAGCAAAAGAAGAGAUGGAUUCUCGUUCUGUUUUUGUUGGAAAUGUUGACUAUGCAUGCACUCCAGAAGAAGUGCAGCAGCAUUUCAAUUCUUGCGGAACCGUCAACCGAGUGACUAUCCUGACCGACAAGUUUGGGCAGCCUAAAGGUUUUGCUUACGUCGAAUUUGUUGAAGCAGAAGCUAUUCAGGAAGCUGUCAAGCUGAGUGAGUCAGAGCUUCAUGGUCGGCAAAUCAAGGUAGCGCCUAAGCGGACUAACGUUCCUGGGUUGAAGCAGCCCCGAGGGGGCCGAGGAUUCAACCCAUAUGGCGGCCACCCCUACAUGAGGCCAUAUCCUCCACCGUUUUACAAUCCUUAUGGUGGUUAUGGAGAGCUCCCAGGUUCCGCCGUCCGCGCAGGCCCUUCUACUAAGUUCUGGCUCUACUGGAGUUCUGUCAACACAUGA